AUGAUGCCUUUAAGUCACUGGGGAAAGGUACAUGUUAACUUCACAUCUAUUCAUGCUUAUAUCAUUUCAGCUUUCGAUACUCGCAUCGAAGAUGCUCAAGUAACCUGCUCCAGUGAUUCGAGUUCUUUUGAAGGAGUAGUUCAAGCAAAAUGUCAUUCAAUCCUUCGAGAAGAGAUACAAAAACUCGCAGAAGAUCUCGAUACUAAACCUGGCCCAAACGCGGAGAAGAGUUUUUGUGGAGAGGUUGUGCAUGAGUGUGUGACAUUCCUGGCCGACAUGAAGUCAAAUGCAAAUUUGCGAAGCAAUUUGUACGGAGAAUGUCCAUGCAAGUGCUCUAUGAAAUGCAACACCAAUCCUACAUUCACGCAAACUUCAUGCCAGAGCAACAAGGAUUAUCACCAAGAGUGUACUACGAAUGAAAUAUCGGAAGAAGAAAUUCGCCAUACAACUACGAAGAGAAACUUUUGCAUUAGUGUGAAAAAAAAGAAGAUUCAAGUGUUAGUUAUCCCUCUAGAGAAAGAAGUUGCAGUGCCGAAUAAUCGUUUGUUCACAGUCGACAUCAACAUGUCGGUCGCUGAAAGUGAAACAAGUGGUGACUCAGAAGCAAAUAGCGAGGGUGUUACCCAUAAAACGACAUUACCGACAAGUGAAUUACCAGUCGGAAAUGCAGAAGGCGAAGUUGAUGGAGAAUUUUCCAGAAACACUGCGAGUGUUAUGGCAAUCAUCGAGCAUAGCACGUCGGUACAACGUCUCCUCUCCACACAUUCACACCCAGUGACGGAAGCAACAACGCUGUUGACAACAGUCUACCCUGACGGCAGCAGUAGCACCACACCCCGUACAACUACACCAGCAAGUGAUGUCCCCACCUCUAUCAGUUCUACCUAUUCGUUAAGGAUCCAUCGCACAAGGGCUAGUGUGGAAACAUCCCAUUAUUAUGAUGGAUACACCGACUCCACUCCUACGCACCCAUCACAAUUCCAACCAAGGACGAGUAGAGUUGAAACCACAUAUUAUCACGACACGAAAACCCACCCUACGGAUGGCACGACUACCUUCGUGGAGGAUAUUGGAAGGUCUACUUCUCCUACGUAUGUAUCCCAAAUUAAAACUUUUACAGAACCACACAAUGCACUAGAAGUAACAUCUGCCAUAGUUCCUGAAAAAACCGACUUUACUUCUACAUACUCAUCAGAACUCCAAAGAGGAUCCAGUAGAGUGGGAACCUCUUACUAUUACGAAAGAAAAACCCACUUCUCACCUAGCACAUCUACAGUAACAGAAGAUAUUGGGAGGUCGACUGCUUCUACUCACGAAACCCAAAUUAGAACCUCAACAAAGCCAUACAAUGCACCAAAAGUGACCCUUGCUACAGUUUCAAAUUAUGCUGCAACAAACGGUUCAUCUAGUGCUCCUAGGACAGAAGAUAACGACUCUGGCUACACUGCUUCAGAAGUAACAUCAGCUCCUGCUACUAGUUAUACUAGAGGAAGAACGAAAGCUUUGUUUAGUAGUGCCAAAACAAUAGAAGAAGAGAGCGGUUCCGCGAAAGUUACGUAUGCUCCGAGAACUCAACAAAGAACCUCUCCAGAAUUGGCUUCAACUGCACCAUUCUCCGCCACUUCUUCAACGCACUUCCUAGGAACUCAACCAAUAACGUCUGCACAGCCACACACCACUCUAGAAAUAACAUCGGUUACAGCUCUUAGUCAUUCAGGAAGAAGUAUUAAUGUUUUAUCAGGCGUAACAACCGCAGAGAAAGAUGUUGAUAGCACUUCUACACGUUCGCAAAAAACUCAGUCAUCAGCAGUUGAAAACGGAAGUUUCACUGCCUCGAACAAGAACACUGCUCUACCAAGUAGUACCAGUAGUGGCAGAGCAACAGAAGAAAAGGGUAUUUCCGCGAAAUUUACGCAUGAUCCGAGAACUCAACAAGGAACCUCUUCGAAACUGACUUCAUCUACAUUCACUUAUCCUGAACGAAGUGCUAGAACUUAUUUAGACAAAAGCACCUGGGACGUGGAAGAUCUUAGUUCUGCCACUUCUUCAAUGCACUUCCUGAGAACUCAAUCAAGAAUCUCUACACUACCAUUCAUCACUCCAGAAUUAACGUCGGUUACAGUUCCUAGUUAUUCGGGAGGAAGUACCAGUGUUUUACCUAGCACUACAACCGCAGGUAACGAUGACGAUAGCACUUCUACACAUUCACUAAAAAUCCAGUCGCCAGCAGGUGAAUAUGGAGGUUUCACUGUCUCCAACAAGAACACAGGUUUGUUAAGCAGUAGCAGGAGGAAGAGCAGUGAAGCUCCGGUUAGCAGUACCGAAAAUAUGAAAGAUAAUUGGAGAACUCCUUCUUCUACAACGCAUACUUUAACGACUCAGAGGAUAACCACCACAUUACUACACACUUACAAGGAAGUACCGUCAAAAAUGGAUUUGAAUACUCACAAAACAGUCACCGGCGAAUCGUCCAGCAGCAACAGCUACGCAACAGACUUCGAAUACCCUACCUCUUUCUUCAGCAUUCACUCGAAGAGAACUACGUUGCCACAUAGUAAUCCAAAAGAUGCGCCAGCAACGCAUUCUAGUAGUUCUCAUACAAGUAACAGGGGUGUAGCUACCACUACAAUCUCAGGUGCAGUUAGGAGUACCACUAGUUCCAUACAUACUCCAGAACUUCAGCGAACAGCUGAGUCUCCAAACACAAAGGAAAGAACGCUGCUCACAACCUCACCACUUUUCUCUGAAACUGCUCGAGGUACUAGUUCGAAAAGUGAUUUCAGCGCUACUCCCUUUUCUUUCAUGUCCUCGCAAGGAACAAUUCAGUCAACUAAAAGUUCCGAAAGUUCAUCUUCCGCUUCAAUUUCUACUACAUUCACCUCAACAAUACCAGAAAACACAAAGCUCAUUUACCAUUCAAGUACUCAUGAUCAAGUUCAUGAAAAUAUUUCGGAUGAAGAAACAACGACAAGGGUAACAGGUGUACCCACAACUAGAAAAAACAUAGUAACACCUUUGAUAACAUUGUCAGCAAUGACAUCAGCGAAUAAAAAGCAAGUCGACGAACUUCCGCUAAACACUUCGGCUACAAUCUCCACAGUAGAAACGUUAGAAAGCGUUUUGGAGCUUUCUGACGCUUCUGACAGAUUCACAAAUGGCACAGAACACCCGGAAUCCAAGACAACAUCGUACACUUUAACGCAACUACUUCGACGUUAG